ACCUAGGCCUUACUAAAGGUGUGAAUAAGGGUAUUGUUAAAGACGUGCAUAAGAAAAGGGAUUCGAUUAAAGAACCUAUUAAUAAGGUGACAACAAGUUCUGUCGAAUAUGUGCAUGAGAAAAGGGAUCAUGCUGGGUUAGAUGAUAAGAUUAAAG